AAAGGAAAGAAUAAAUAAAUAAUGAAGUACACUACUGUACUCUCUUUCCCUCUGCACUGUGUUCCUGGUAACGUUGUGUCCUGACAGCACUACAAGAUUCUCAAAAGCAUCGACACAAACCCAUUCCUUAACACACACACACGCCAUUAUUCUUGCUCCCCAAAUCACUUCAAUUCUCUCCCUCAUUCCGGCGAUGGGUCGUGUCUGGAGUCGGAUACUCCUGCUGCUGUUUCUGACGUGCGCCGCCGCGGCUCCCUCCCCCGCCUCCGCAGAUCCCAGCGACGAGCAGUGCUUGACUUAUCUCAGCCAGUCACUGGAGGACCCGUUGCGUAAUCUGCAGAACUGGACGAAACCCAACUUCGCUAAUCCCUGUCAGGGAUUCAACUCGUUUCUCCAAGGUGCGACCUGUAACAAUGGCCGCAUCUAUAAGCUUUCUCUGUCCAAUCUUUCCCUUAAGGGCUCCAUUUCACCGUACCUCUCGAAUUGCACGAAUCUCCAGGCUUUGGACCUGUCCUCCAAUUCCCUGGCGGGGCCCAUCCCGCCGGAGCUUCAGUUUCUGGUCAACCUCGCCGUGCUUAACCUCUCCGCCAACCGCCUCGCCGGCCCAAUCCCUAAACAGCUCACCCUCUGCGCCUACCUCAACGUCAUCGAUCUCCACAACAACCAGCUCUCCGGACCCAUCCCGCCGGAGCUGGGGCUCUUGGUCCGGCUAUCGGUGUUCGAUGUGUCGAACAACAAACUCUCCGGCCCGAUACCGGCGUCGCUGGGUUACCGGGCUGGGAACUUGCCCCGAUUCAAUGCCAGCUCGUAUGAGGGAAACAAGGAUCUUUUCGGGUACCCAUUGCCGCCCAAGAAGAGUAAUGGGCUGUCCGUAUUGACCAUAGUCGGGAUCGGGUUAGGAAGCGGGUUUUUGAGCUUAGUACUGAGCUUCACCGCCGUGUGUAUAUGGCUGAGAGUGACGGAGCAGAAAAUGGCGGCUGAAGAAGGAAAAAUCAGUCAGCUCAUGCCUGAUUAUUAAUUAGAAUAAUAUAUAUUAUAUGAUGAAUAUACAACAAUUUUUCCUUUCCUUUUCUGCUUGUUAUUAGAUUAGAUUACUUAUUAGUUCUUGAUGAUGAUGAAGAUCGUUGUGGCUUUCUUCUUCUUCUUCUUUCUUGGUUGGAUUUUGGGGGGAAAAUGCAGAGAUUUCUUCGAUCAAAUCUUGUCUUUUA